AUGCCGCCCAAGGCGUCCUUGUCGUCGCCUUGCGUCCCUUCCCCCCUCCCCCUUCCCUUCCCCGUUCCCUUUCCUCCGCCUUUCCUUCCCCUUUCCACCUCCUUUACACUCUCCCCCCUCCCACUCCCCCCUAUCGCCCCCAAAGCGCGCCACAUACUGUGCGAGAAGCAGGGGAAGAUCAACGAGGCGUACAAGAAGCUGCAGGAGGGGUGGCACCCGCGCCACAUACUGUGCGAGAAGCAGGGGAAGAUCAACGAGGCGUACAAGAAGCUGCAGGAGGGGUGGCUGGACGCGGGGGAUAAGGUGCCGCCCGCCAAGUUCGGCGAAAUAGCCCAAGCCUAUUCAGAGUGUCCAUCGGGCAAGAAGGGCGGCGAUUUGGGCUGGUUCCCCCGGGGCAAGAUGGCCGGGCCUUUCCAGGACGUUGCCUUCGCCACGCCCAUUGGCGCCACGUCAGCACCCUUCAAGUCAACGCACGGUUACCAUGUAAUUCUCGUGGAAGGGCGUAAGAACUGA